AUGAAUACAACGUUCUUUCCGAAUCGGCUGCGGGUUUUAUUUCCCAACGACUUCCCGUACGCCGACUCUAAGUGCAUAAAUUCCAUUGGCAGAGUGCGCUAUGGAUGUGCGUAUCCCGGCUUGAUGGUGGAUGUAGGUUAUACAGUAUGCGUCAUAAUUAUAACCGCACUUUAAAAAUGAGUGUACCUUUUGUGAUUGUUAAUAGAAAUGUGUCAUAUUUGGCGCCAAUGUGCAUCAGUGUACUAGAAAUGAUGUCCCAAAAAAUUAUUUUGAAGAGUUUCCGUAUUUUAGAGAAAAUCUGCAAAAACCAAAAUUAUGAUACUUUUCGGUGUCGCAAAAUUAUAACCGCACUUGCGAAUUUGGGGUAUUACCCUAAUAAAACACGGGAUAUCAAUAACUGAUGUUUAGUUACGCUCCCUGAGGCCUCAAUAACGCCCAUCACACGACCCGAAACCCUCUGGGCAAAUUUUUUUGGCGCAUCCUGACCCAUCUUGUCCCUGAACCGGAAAACGGCAGAUUUUCGCUUAGUUACGGUAGAACACCGCUUUUUGUAGCGAUGUAAUCAACGGGCGAGGGGGCCCCACAAGUUUCAUAUCGGGAGCGAGUCUAUGGUGGCAAACGCCUUGCUGUCAAAGGAACUGGUAUGUCGACCUGCUAUGGUGGACGUGGGCAUUAUCCAACAAAAGUAUAGCCAGGUUGCCGGUACGGUACCAGAUGUUCGCCUAAGACUUCGUAGUACUCGAAGCUAUUCAUUUGAGUUGCUGUGGCCGCGGACGGAAGGCCUCCGGCUUUUUUGAAGGCGCCCCAAGUCAUCAACGGGCGGCCUCUAUAAUUACGACACGAGAAGCGACGCGAUACGUUUUUAAUGUCAUGCCAUUGGUAUGUAAAACCGUCAGGGCAUCGUGUGACUACGCAAUCCACAAGGAAUAUGGUAUUGCAACGGUCUAACGUCGGUUUCAGCGACCUUCCACUAAUCAACCUCUGUUGUGAAUGUCUCCUUGGCAAAUUUCGGCUGUGGAUUGCCGUAAACCGGGGUCAGCUGGGGUCACAGCUUCACAUAAUACCUUAUGAUGACGUCGCGGUGUUUUCCGACCCUCAGCACGGUGCGUCCGCUACUAAUGAAGCUCAGUUCUUGACUUAAGUGAACCCCAGAGAUGGCGGAGUUAGAAGUCCGGCGGAUUAUUUCUCUUCAACCAGAAGCAGUGGUAAACUUUUGUCUGCCAUAACAUUUAGAUUUGUUAAAGGCUUCCGAGACGACCAGAAAAUUCCUCACAACUUGAGCCCAGCGGUCUAACUGAGCGAAAAUCUGCCGUUUUCCGAUUCAGGGACAAGAUGGGUCAGUAUGCGCCAAAAAAGUUUGCCCAGAGGGUUUCGGGUCGUGUGAUGGGCGUUAUUGAGGCCUCAGGGAGCGUAACUAAACAUCAGUUAUUGAUAUCCUGCGUUUUUAUUAGGGUAAUACCCCAAAUUCGCAAGUGCGGUUAUAAUUUUGCGACACCGAAAAGUAUCAUAAUUUUGGUUUUUGCAGCUUUUCUCUAAAAUACGGAAACUUUUCAAAAUAAUUUUUUGGGACAUCAUUUCUAGUACACUGAUGCACAUUGGUGCCAAAUAUGACACAUUUCUAUUAACAAUCACAAAAGGUACACUCAUUUUUAAAGUGCGGUUAUAAUUAUGACGCAUACUGUAGUGACCGCUGAGAAAUACGACAUUCUUCAGAUCUUAAAUUUCAUCGCCAAGGAAUUGGGGUAUGUUCUACACGCGAGAGUUGACCACGACCUAUACUGGAAAGGUAAUAUGACAGAGUUGCUAGAACUGGAUGAUAUAGAUACGAUAGGCGUGCCGCUGCAGAAAACGCGGGAACUGAUGCAAUAUGGAGAGUUUACAAAGUCGCUGUAUACGGUAGGCCAGACAUUGGGCUGCAAACUCUACAUAAAAAUAAUAAUAUUUUUAAAUGGAGCAGUUGCAGGCCGACGGACGAAUUAUGAUUUACACUGCGGCUGACAUGGACGAUGGUUGGUGGAAUGUGUUCAAAGUCUAUGAUAGUGCAACAUGGAUUAUGAUGCUGAUAAUGAUCAUCGUCGAGUGUGCCUUUCUCUGUGCCGUGAAUCACUUGGAAAUGCGGGUGCGCGCAAAGAAACGGGUGAACCACGUCGACGUAAGGUUGACUCCACAAUAUCUAUCGUCUUCUUAAUGCCUUACCAUAAUACCUUAACAUUUUCAUCCUCAGGUUGUUUGGAGCAUCGUAGAAGUCCAAUUUUUCCAAUCUGCCUCAAACAAUCUUCGUUUCACCUCAGGCAAGCUGUCGUUGUGGUGCUUUGCUCUUCUGCAAACAAAGCUGAUGCUGGGUGUACUGACCUCUUGGUUCUUGUCCUCAUUAUUGACCGAGCCGAACUUUUCCAGCUUAUUAGACGAAGAUUAUGUCUUUAAUCAGAUCGCAAGUGGCAGUCGGAAGUUGAUAUCGCAAGGGUCGACCUCGUGGUUUUACACGGAAACGGGAGCCACGUACGCCCGAUUGACAAAGGUGCUGAAUGGGAGCUUUGCGGAGAUCGUGCAACCUGAAGGUAGGACACUCGCCAUCAGUGAAUUCGGUGGGGAAAGUCUCAGAAGAGCCGCGUAGAUAUUCCUCAAGCUUUAAAUGUAGCCUGUACACGUGCAUUAGGCAGAUCCGCUAUUUUGAACGACCGACAUUUUUGGUCAUAUUCCUUGCAACUUGAGCGUUUCCCCGUUUGUAAAAAUUCAACCAUGCCGCCAAUUUAGAGAUCGUUUCUCGAAUGCGCAAAGAAGGCGCUCUGCUGUUUACCGAGCUCGACACUGGAAGCUAUGUGGAGGCCAGCCGAUACUGUGAUAUAGAAUCAACCAGGGUCGUCUUCCCGCAAAUUGGGUCCAAGAUUAUGCUACCCAGGAAUAGCUCGCUGCUUCCGAGAUUCAACGACAUAAUCGAGCACAAUCAGAAACGGUUUCAGAGUAUCUACAGGAAGUACACGGAGUUAAAGGAGGAUUCAAUUUGUCAUCGUUUCAAAUUAGGGGAUGACUUGAGUGAGUAAUACAAAAUUAACAUUCAUUAAAAACAAAUUUCAUCUCUUUUCAGCGGUCACAACUUUCACUGGCUUGUUCGUUAUAUGUGGGGUUCUUUUGGGCCUUUCGGUUUGUAUCUGCAUUGUUGAGAUGAUUGUGAAUAAACAUGUUCUGAAAUAG